CCGCUAAGCCCUGACAUAUCAACAUUUGCAGAUCGAAGAACAUUCACUCCGUCCUCUUCUCUCCCGACCUGAGCCACCACUUGCUCCCUCCACCUCUGCCACACUGACGUGUUGAUAGGCAAAAACUCCUGCAUAAUUCUCCAGAGGUCUGAGAGGUCUUAGUAAACCUUCGUAAAGAACGAAGCAUGCUAAUGCAGUCAUGCCGAUUCGAGUGCCAGCUUGGUAACUGACCAUGGCGUUCCAAUGAAGUCCAAUAGUGUCACAAAACAGUUGCCGUUGUAUUUUCUCUUUAUCCAGGGACUAGAGGAAGCAGUCGUGUACCCAAGUUGCGACGAAUGAGGUGAGAAACAUGAUCUGACCGAACAGCGAUCCCUGGGGAAUGAGGAGGAUGAGCUGUAGCAGAAAUUGCACCUCGAGGGGUGACUAAGGCGGAAAGGAUGCAUGUGCUGAAACUGACCAGGAUAGGGACACUGGCAUGGAUGGCGUGGUGGGUGCUCAUGCGCAUGGCUUGUACCGGAAUGCUCGUGCGCAUGGCUCGCAUGGGAAAUAUAACUGCCGGAGGAGUUGUACCAGCCAAGCCAUUUUCAACCCUUGGACGGAUAUACAGUAGCCAUGGCAGUGACAGCUUCCUCGCCACCGAAGAAACCAGCGAGACCGAAAGCAUCGAGAGUGAAAUCGAAUUUGUAAUUGGCCAAGGUCCAGACCGGCAACCAGAAUACAUCGCGGGUUCUGGGACGAAGGGGGCGCAGCCUCUGGGAUUGACUUCUGCAAAGCAUGGAGGGUCCCCUCGUGGUGUCCGUGCUAGUGUUAGAAAUCCACCCUGUAGUUAUAGUAAAUCAGAACUACCUUAUUACCGUCGAGCAAGCCAAAAGUUGAGCACUCUGAACCCUGAUUAG